AUGAAGGUGGUGGUGCAGCGGGUGUUUAGCGGCUCCGUCACCGUGGGCGACGAGGUCGUCGGGGCGGUGGGGCGCGGCAUUGCGGUGCUGGUCGGGAUCCAUCGCGAUGACACCGCCGCCGACGUCGAUUACGUUGCGCGGAAGCUCCUGGCGCUGCGCAUAUGGCCCAGCGAGGACGGAGCGAAGUCGUGGGACCGCUGCGUGAGGCAGGUCGACGGCGGCAUCCUGCUCAUUUCCCAAUUCACCCUCAUGCACGUCCUGAAGGGCAACAAGCCGGACUUUCAUCUUGCGAUGGACCCCGAGCGUGCGCUGGAGAUGUUCCACUGCCUUCGUGACGCCCUCGCGAGGGGCUAUGCGGAGGACCGAGUCGCGACGGGACGGUUUCAGUCAUGCAUGCGUGUCAACCUGGUGAACGAUGGCCCAGUAACAAUUGUGCUGGACAGUCGGAGCAGACAGUGA